AUGUGGGCUGCUGGGUACGCUGAUGCCCGGUCUUGGGAACAUCCGCAUGGAGGCCGUGUGUGGCGGAGCGCGCCGAAGGCCCCUGCCGCAUCCUCCACGUCCUGGUGGUGGCACUCGCCCACAGCCUGGCCAGGAGGAGGGUCCUGGUGGCAGAGAUCAUGGGACGAGGGCGACCAGACCUUGAAGGGCCACGCCCGACGGUGGACCGCGCGGAGCGACUCUGAGUCAGGUGCGAGAGAAGACUCAGCUGCUGCCCUGUUGCAAGAGGAAGGAGAACCAGAAGGACCCUUGGAGCUCCCCACGCGGGCGUUGACGGUGCAAGGCUCCCAGCAGGGACGUGCCAUGAUCACCGGCAGAAAGCUGAUCGAGAACCGAAGCUGGCGCAUACCCAGCGGCUGGUAUGCUCUGCACGUGGGCGCCCGCCCCUUCUCUGCCCUGGGUGACGAGUGGGUCCAGAGGCUGGAGUUGGCGUGGCCCGACGCGCCGCCCGAGGGGAGCCUGCCUUCGACGCGGAUAGUUGGCCUCAUCCACAUUUCGGAGCAGCGGCAGCCUUCGCAAUGUGGCGGCGGCCAGUCUGUUUGGGCCGUGGGGCCCAUCUGCCACAUCAUUGACGAGGCCAUGGAGCUGCCACGGCCGCUGGCCGCGCGCGGCCAACCAGGCCUCUGGAAGCUGAGCCCUGGUAUCCAGGAGCAGCUCGCCAGGCAGCUUCCCCACGCGACGCGGCGGCGCUUUCCCGCGGUACCAAGGCCUGCAGGAAGUGCGUGGACGGGUUCUGCGGCGCAUGACGGUCGAGCUGCCAGGGCGUCAGAGUUUCUGAAGCAAAGGUGUUGGACCCAGCCGUCGAGCUACAGCGAGACCAUGGACGCUGCCUGCAUCGCGAUGAGUGCAGAUGGCCUUGUGGAGAUAGUGAACGCUCGAGGACUGCACGGUGCUGCCUACGGCGUGGACCAAAAUGCCUAUCGGGUCCAAUCCAAGGGAGUGGAUGCGCUCUUCGGUGCCAUCAGCCACCUUGGCACGGAAAGGCAGAAGGGCAACGACCUGCAGUCGGCCCUCGAUGGGCAGAUGCUGUGCAAGCAGCUGAUGCAGGUGCGGCUGGACCUGCUGCCCGAGCGCGUCACGGACCUGUUCUUCCUUCUGGCGGCCACCAACUCCAGGGAGCUCGCCAAGUUCCAACACCUUGGCUUCCGCGUGGUGGACAGCGACAUCGGCGCCAAUCUCGCGCAGAAGGAGGAUCACAGGACGCAGCUUACCUUCGAGGCUGUGGUCAUCAUGUGCGCGAUCUACAAGCUGGGUGAUGGCUACUGGCGGAUUGGAUCCAUGAACAUGUCCUGUACUGGAUCACCCCGCGAUUUGAAGACGGCCCUGAUGAAGCUGGAAGGGAUGGGCUUCCCACGCAAGCACGAGAAAGCCUCGCAGGAGCACAUGGUGAUCGAAGGCGUCCGCAAGUAUCUUGAGCUGGGGCGGCACUCCGUGAAGUCUGCAGAUGUGCAUGUGGACAGCUCGAAAUCGAUGGCCAUCCGGUAUGCCAUCGAGGUCGCAAGUACUGAGCACGAGGAACUCAGUGACUCCGAAGCGAUGGCCAGAGGCAAGCAGCUCCAAGAGCGACUGGAACGCCCCGAGCUGCGGGCAGCCAUCCUCGAGGAGAUGCACCGAUUCACCAAUGAGAAAGUGAAGCCCGAGAGGCUGAGGAUCCUUCCCGUGUCUGUGAAGCCGCUGAGCGAUCUCCGCGUUGAGGUGCGCUGGGAGUUUGGUGAGGUUAAACGCAACGACACCAAGGACCAUAGCUACCUGGCCCGGGCCUCUCAGGGAGCAUCUUGA